AAAAAAAACAACCCCGGAAUAAUAAUCGGAUCGGUGGCAGGCACGUCAAAGUCGAACGCCGUUCAUGUUUACAUGGAGGGGAAAAUAGAACGGGGCCCAGGUCCAGUUGUGGCGGUGAGCCGUGACGUAGACGUAGAGCCGAAUUCCCCCGAAAACGGCCGUUUCACCCCUUUUUUUUGGCCGCCCCUUCCACGAUUUUCCCAUUUUAAUUAUUAAACAACGCGUUUCGAGUUGAAACUUAAGAAACGACCAGAACGAGAAAUACUCGACUUUAACGUUUAAUCAAACAGGAUGAAAAAAUAAAUAAACUGGAAGAAUCUUGCGCGCACGCGUUCAAAACGUACCAGGGUUUUUGUUACCUUCACAGUCCACUUCAACAGUUUCAUACUUUCCACAUGGAGGAGGUGUACGUGCAUCUCAAGAAGAACGGCUGCUGCGACAAAUGUUGCUUGCGUCUACUCGGCGAAACGGAUCCCUCUUCCUUCCGCGACUGUGAAGCAGCGUUGAAAAAGAGAGGUGUUUCGGUUCGUGAUGAAGACGAGGAAAACGGUGUCAAACAUCGAAAGUGUAAUCCUUGCGUCGCCUGCCUAGGGCUUCUGCAUCCCCCAUACUCAGAAACGAUUUUCAAUAAGGUGCUAGAGGAAGCAAAUAAAGUCGAUUUUGACUCAGAUACGUUCUACUUGGCAUUGACUACACCUGUCACUUAUUUUCUACGAUCAUUGGCCUUGUGGGUGGAUCUGAAGGAUGCAUUUCCGGAUUUUGUCGGGAAAGCUUUUCCUCUUGGCGUGGUCACCAUCGGAAUCAAAGACGUCUGGAAGUUCUGCUAUUUGGAAAGGCUGCAAUGCGCUUUGAAAAAGAAAUACACCCUUAUGUCUGAUCUCAGGAUCACUUUUUGUAUUUCUUACGUUGACGAAGCAAAAGAAUGCGAGUGUUUGUUUAAAAUGUUUCCUGAAACAUUUAGCAAGACAAAAAAUAAAAAGUACUUGGGUAGUAUUGAGAAUUUCUCUCGAAAAUGUACCGAGAAUGUUUUAAAAGAAGUUGAUGAUCAGCUGUUAAAGGAUAAUUAUAAAAUACCACCCGAUAUACCGGAUAAUUCUGUAGAAUUUAGAGAACUUUUAGUACUUCAUAAUAGCAUUUUUAUAGCAGGCAGAUAUAACAAAUGGUCUAGGGUUUUACCGCAAACUCCUUGGAUUCUAGGAGGAGAGAGAAAAAUGGAAAGCUCCGUUCAAGAAUUGAUCUGUGAUCCAAUUCUCGAACUGACAAAAGCCCAAGAAUAUAAAUUUGCAUCAUCAGGGAGGGAAGAUGUAGAUGUGAGGAAUAUUGGUCGUGGAAGGCCAUUUUAUGUUGAACUGUGCAACCCGAAAAGGACGACGUUCAGUUUUAAAGAAAUGAGAUCUCUCGAGAAUGCGAUAAACGAAAAUUCAACCGAAAAAAUAUUCGUGCGUGAUUUGCAGAUUAUUAAUAAGCACUCGGUGUCGUCGGUGAAGUUAGGCGAAGAGAAAAAAACUAAACAGUACUGCGCACUUUGCAUUAGACCCGACGGGAAGCCAGUUGACAAUCUAGAAAAACUCGAAACGCUCAAGGAUGUUGAAAUACAGCAAUCAACACCACUGAGGGUACUCCAUAGGAGGCCCGUCGCUGUCAGGCUCAAGAUUAUUCAUUGGAUGAAGGUCACACGCUUAGAAGACGAGCCGAAUAAAUUCAUUCUUCGCCUAAACACCCAAGCUGGCACGUAUAUAAAAGAGUUCAUUCAUGGAGAUUUCGGUCGUACAAAACCAUCUCUAGGAGAACUACUAGGAAAUAUAGAUUUAGACAUAUUAGCACUAGAUGUUGAAGAAAUCAGUUUGGAUUGGCCACCACAAAUUGAUUAUACAAGUGAACCAACAUAAUUUAAAUAAAGUAUUAAUUAUUUUUACCUGACCUUUA